UUUAGACCAUAUGGGAUGUCGAACAUAAUAGACUCCCCCCGUGUUACUAAUUCCACUGGCAAGUCAUGCACACACUCUAAAUGAAUCAUAUAUUACGCAUCAUGACGUACAUUUGUUGUUAGUAUUGAGUGGCUGAUGUGAUACUUUAUUUUUGAUUGUUUGAUUAGGGGUUUCAAAUGGUAUUCAGGCCAACUGUGCACAUGGAUUUGACUUAUGAUGAAUGCAAAAUGGCUACUUACAUUUAUGGAAAAACUGAUCAGUAUUUAUUAUGAACAUCAUGUUAAUGAGCGCUUCCAUGAAAGCUUGUUGUGUUCUUCCUCCUUGUGUUUGGUACACACCUUUCGUGUUUGUCGAUGACAUUCUUUUUCUGAGGCCGUUGGAAGUUAUAAUCAUGAAAUACCUGAACAGAUGGAUAUCGGUGACACCUAAGCUUGAACAUGUCUUUGUGCCGGUAUGCGAACAAACCUACACAUGGUACUUGAUGGUUGUGGACGUGAAGCGAGCCACAGUGUACUGCCUAGAUGUAACAAGAGCACCUGGAUACAAGGAACGGGGGGAGCGCAAUAUGCAAACUAUUCUACUUAUGCUAGCCCAGAUUUUCAAGCUAGACAUGAACCUAAAGAGUUUUGUCCAUGUUUCCACUGAUCCUACCACAUGAGGACCAGUACAGUAUCCUGAAGGAGUCCCAUGCGAUCCACAAUGGUAUACUUCAUAUUUACUAUCAAUUAUGAAGUGAAUUUAAACAAUGGUUUAUUUAGUGGAUUUGGUCAAAGUUAAUGACAUGGACAUAAUUUUUGGUUACGUAGUAAUGAUUCUUGUCUCUGGAUGUUGAACUGGCUCCAAACAGAGGGAAAAUUCACA